UUGUCAAAGAUUACAGACCUUCGCAUUGACAUACUGGGUUAUGCUGAUGAUCUUGUGAUUAUUGCGAGGGGUUUUUGUCAAAGUACUUUAUCAUUAAUCAUAGAAAACACCAUAAACAACUGGUGCAGGGAUAACAGAUUAUCAGUUACUCGUAAUGCUGAUAAAACUGUUAUAAUGCCCUUUACCAAAAAGAGACGGUUGGACAAAUUAGUCAAAACAAAACUUAGUGAUAAAGAAUUUCAAGUACGUAAGAAUUUUUUGUUAUAUAUAUUAAAUUGUAUUUAUUUGUAUCGUAUUAAUAGAUAUGGGUCAAAGCGUUCGCUGUAA